GCCGCAGAGCGGCGGCGGCGUCAUGGCGGAGGCGGCUUUGGACGCGGUGCGGAGGGAGUUACGAGAAUUCCCGGCCGCCGCCAGGGAGCUCAGUGUGCCUCUUGCUGUGCCUUACCUGGAUGAGCCCCCCACUCCACUCCACUUCUAUCGGGACUGGGUCUGCCCCAAUAGGCCUUGCAUCAUCCGCAACGCCCUGCAGCACUGGCCAGCUUUGCAGAAGUGGUCCUUCCCAUAUCUCAGAGCCACAGUGGGCUCAAUAGAGGUGAGUGUGGCUGUGACCCCUGAUGGUUAUGCGGAUGCUGUACGAGGGGAUCGCUUUAUGAUGCCUGCUGAGCGUCGCCUGUCCCUGAGCUACGUGCUGGAUGUGCUAGAGGGCCAGACCCAGCACCCAGGAGUCCUCUACGUGCAGAAGCAGUGCUCCAACCUGCUCACCGAGCUGCCCCAGCUACUGCCUGAUCUAGAGUCCCACGUGCCCUGGGCCUCCGAGGCACUGGGAAAGAUGCCUGAUGCUGUAAACUUCUGGCUGGGGGAUGUGGCUGCAGUGACAUCCUUACAUAAGGACCACUAUGAGAACCUCUACUGCGUGGUCUCUGGAGAGAAACACUUCCUGCUACAUCCACCCAGUGACCGGCCCUUCAUCCCCUAUGAGCUAUACACACCAGCAACCUACCACCUCACUGAAGAGGGCUCCUUUAAAGUGGUGGAUGAAGAGGCCAUGGAGAAGGCAAAGGUGCCUGGGACCUGCCUGCUCACCAUUCGUGUCCUGCAGGCCUGUGGCCUGCCCUCGAAGGACCUAGUAACCCCCUCUGACUGCUAUGUGAGUCUGUGGCUGCCCACGGCCUCUAGCCAUAGGCUGCAGACACGCACGGUCAAGAACAGCAGAAACCCCAUCUGGAAUCAGAGCUUUCGCUUUCGAAUCCACAGCCAGCUCAAGAAUGUGGUGCAGCUGCAAGUCUUUGACCAGGACCUUCUGACCAAUGAUGACCCCGUGUUGUCGGUGCUAUUUGACGUGGGAACUUUGCGGGCUGGGGAGUUCCGCAGAGAGAGCUUCUCACUGAGCGCUCAGGGUGAGGAGCGGCUAGAAGUUGAAUUUCAGCUACAGAGACUGUGAGUCAGGGGCCACUGGCUUGUCACCAAUGGCAUUCUGGUGGCCCGGGAGCUCUCUUGCUUGCAUGUUCGACUGGAGGAGUCAGGGGACCGGAAGGAGUCCGGGGGAAGAGUUCAGCUCAUGGUUCCUGGGUCCUGUGAGGGUCCGCAGGAGGCCGCUGUGGGUGCUGGCUCCUUCUGCUUCCAUUGCCCGGCCUGCUGGGACCAGGAGCUGGAUAUUCAUCUGCAGGAUACCCCCCAAGAGCACCUGAAGGUGCCCCUGAGGGCCUUGCCCUCUGGCCAGGUGGUGAGGCUUGUCUUCCCUACGUCCCAGGAACCCCUGAUGAGGGUGGAGCUGAGAAAAGAAGACGGACCCAGGGAGCUGGCUGUGCGGCUAGGCUGCGGCCCCUGUGCUGAGGAGCAGGCCUUUCUGAGCAAGAGGAAGCAGGUGGUGGCCAAGGCCCUGAAGCAGGUCCUGCAACUGGAUGAAGAGUUACAGGAAGAUGAGAUCCCUGUGGUAGCUGUUAUGGCCACUGGUGGUGGGAUCCGGGCGAUGGUUUCCCUGUAUGGGCAUCUGGCUGGCCUGAAGGAGCUGGGUCUCUUGGAUUGCAUCUCCUACAUCACAGGGGCCUCUGGCUCUACCUGGGCUUUGGCCAACCUCUACGAGGACCCAGAAUGGUCUCAGAAGGACCUGGCAGGGCCCACCGAGUCACUGAAAACACAGGUGACCAAGAGCAAGUUGGGCGUGCUUGCUCCCAGCCAGCUGCAGCAGUACCGGCAGGAGCUGGCCGAGCGUGCCCGCCUGGGCCACCCGCCCUGCUUCACCAACCUGUGGGCCCUCAUUAGUGAGGCCCUGCUGCACGAUGAGCCCCAUGACCAUACUCUCUCAGACCAGAGACAGGCCCUGAGUCAAGGCCAGAACCCUCUGCCCAUUUACUGUGCUCUUAACAGCAAGGAGAAGAACCUGACCACCUUUGAAUUUGCUGAGUGGUGUGAGUUCUCCCCCUAUGAGGUUGGCUUUCCCAAGUACGGUGCCUUCAUCCCCUCCGAGCUCUUUGGCUCUGAGUUCUUCAUGGGGCGCCUGACCAAGCGGCUUCCUGAGUCCCGAAUCUGCUUCCUGAAAGGUAUCUGGAGCAAUCUGUAUGCAGCCAGCCUCCAGGACAGCUUAUACUGGGCCUCAGAGCCCAGCCAGUUCUGGGACCGCUGGGCACAGGAUCAGGCCAAUUUGGACAAGGAGCAGGUUCCUCUUCUGAAGAUAGAAGAGCCUCCCACGGGGACCGGCAAGAUUGUUGAGUUUUUUACUGACCUGCUGACACGGCGCCCACUGGCCCAGGCCACACAUAAUUUCCUGCGUGGUCUUCAGUUCCACAAAGACUAUUUCCAACAGCCUUACUUCUCCACCUGGAAAGCCACCAAACUGGAUGGGCACCCCAACCAGCUGACACCUGCAGAGCCCCAUCUUUGCCUGCUGGAUGUUGGCUACCUUAUCAACACCAGUUUCCCGCCCCUUCUGCGGCCCACACGGGAUGUGGACCUCAUCCUGUCACUGGAUUACAACCUCCAAGGAGCCUUUCAGCAACUGCAGCUCCUGGGCCGGCUCUGCCAGGAGCAGGGCAUCCCUUUCCCGCCCAUCUCCCCCAGCCCAGAGGAGCAGCGCCAGCCUCCGGAGUGCUGCUUGUUUUCUGAUCCAGACCGCCCUGAUGCCCCAGCAGUGCUGCACUUCCCUCUGGUCGAUGCCUCCUUCCGGGAGUACUCGGCCCCUGGCAUCCAACGGACACCUGAGGAGAAGGGGGCCGGAGAGGUGAACCUGUCUUCAUCCAACUCUCCCUACCACUACUCGAAAUUGACCUACAGCCCGGAGGACAUGGACAAGCUGCUCCACCUGACACAUUACAACAUCUGCAACAACCAGGAACAGCUGCUGGAGGCCCUGCGUGGAGCUGUGCAACGGAAGCGCCGGCAGCACCGGCCGUAGUGAUGACGCUGCCCCGGCCGGGACUCCCCACUCCCCUCCCGACACUUUGUCAGACUCACUCCCUGUCCAUCUGGGUGAGUCGGGCAGAGACCGUCAUCACCAACGGUUCCAGAGCCUCCGCAGCCUGGAUGGCCCCCUCGCGCUCUGAGGGGCUCUGCCAAGAUAUGUGCCUGGCCCUACCCAGAUAGGGCCCUGCAGCCACCAGCACCCUCUCCACGUACUUGCAGGUAGGUUGAGGGUUUUAAAAGGGCUGAGAGCCCUGUCUCCUCAGCUGGAGGAGGUUUCCUCUUCAAGGAGAACAUUCAGAGGUGGCCGGAGGUAGACCUGGGGGGCCGUUACUGACCAUAUUUGCAAAAGUGUUCAAAGCUAUGUGACCCUUUCCCUUGCUACUUUGAAUAGUUGUACAGAGUGAAAUAGAGCGGUUUAUGUAUCACAGAGGAUCAUACAAUGUGAGAUGUUAAUGGGUUAUCUGUCAUUGCUGCCAAGAAGAGACAGGUCAUUCCAUGCUCCUGGUUGCACAUAGCAAGGACUGGUUUGAACAUCUCCCCAGGGGUACCUCACCGAGCUAGAUAGCAGGUCAGUCCAAACCUCCCCUGAAGAGAAGGCCAUGUCUGCCACGCUCUCCAAGCAGGGAGGUGGCCAGUUUGGCCUGGGCAGG